AAAAAAAACUUAAGACGGUUGCCGUUCCAAUAGCGAUAAAAACCGAAAAAACGACACAACGCAGCCAUGGAUAAAUUCAUCAGCAUGUGGAAAGUGCGAGAACUCGCCGAUAAAGUAACAAAUGUCGUAAUGAACUACACGGAAAUCGAGGGAAAAGUGCGUGAGGCCACGAACGAUGAACCCUGGGGCCCUACCGGGCCACUGAUGCAAGAGCUGGCCCAUGCAACCUUCACGUACGAACACUUUCCCGAGGUGAUGUCGAUGCUGUGGAAGCGGAUGCUGCAGGACAACAAGACGAACUGGCGUCGCACCUACAAAAGCCUGCUGCUGCUCAACUAUCUGGUGCGCAACGGCUCGGAACGGGUGGUCACAUCGUCCCGGGAGCACAUCUACGAUCUACGCUCGCUGGAGAACUACACGUUCGUCGACGAGAACGGCAAAGAUCAGGGCAUUAACGUGCGGCACAAGGUGCGCGAACUGAUCGACUUCAUACAGGACGACGAUCGAUUGCGCGAGGAGCGGAAAAAGGCAAAAAAGAACAAGGACAAGUACAUUGGCAUGAGCUCGGAAGCGAUGGGGGGUGGCAUGCGGUACGGCGGAAGCGGCGGCGGCAGUACCGAGUACGGUGGCUAUCGGGAUAGCUACGAUCGGCGAAGUGAAGAUCGAUAUAAUGAAUCCCGCGGUGACCACCACGAGUACGACUAUCAGUACGAGGGCGAGCGGGAAGAUUCGGACAACGAAUCGAACGGACCGUAUGAUCGUGAUCGCUCGAAUCGCUACCAGGACCGUGAACCGGGCUCGAAAAGUCCGGCCACACGCCAAUCGUCCAGUGUGUCGAUCGAAGCAACGGCCCGCCACUCGUCCAGCAGCGAGCGAAAGAUAAACCUCAACAUCAAACCGACGACUCCCGGAAGCAGCUCGAGCGCCGUCGUAACGGCUGCGCCACGUGCAAGCACAAAAUCAGCGAAAAAGAUCGAUCUCGGUGCGGCCAGUGGUUUCGCGAAGACGGCAGCGGCCGCAGCAACCACGUCCCCGACGUCCGACCUGGGCAUCCAUUCGCCGACGCAUCGCAAUACGCACGCGGAAGAGAUUGUUGGCAGCGCGGGUAACGCGGAAGUGUUGGACGAUCUGUUCAAAACGUGUCCAACGAAAGGUGCCGGACCCACCAACUCGUUGAUCGCCAACGAUGACGACGAGGAUGAUUUCAAUCCGCGCGCCACUGAAGAGUUUGGUGACUUUGAAUCGGCGUUCGGUAGUGGCCCGACAGCGAAAGUAUCCGCGGCUAGGGCGGGAAAAUCGGACGAAUUUGCUGACUUUGCUGCCUUUGGAGCACCAACACCGAGCGUCUCGACGACGGCGACGACGGCGGCCCCGGCUGCAGCAAGUGAUGAUCUUCUGUUUGGGCUGAACGUGGGCGCGGGUGCGGUGACCGCGACGAGCGCUCCUGCAGAUAUCCUUUCGGACCUCAGUGGCUUAUCCCUCGGUGCUAGCAGCAACAGUGUGAAUGCACCGCAGCCACAGUCCGACCACCGGCAGAUGCUGCUGCAACGUCACUACAGCGCACUGCAGGAACUGUUGCGUGAAGUGCAACCGGAAGGACGAAUAACUCGCGAAGCAGAUCGGCUGGCAGUAAAUGAAAAACUAACCCAACUACUCGACUGCCUUCCGGGGCCGCUACAUCCGAUGGACGUACUGUUCGCCAUCGGCCCGCCGAUGAGAGCGUGGGAAAAGUUUGCCUCUGAAGCAUUCCCAACCCUGCUGGAAGAUUUGGUGCCGCCGAUGAGUGAUCUAGAUGAUCGAUUGCUGCACCGCUUGGUCACACUCAAUGCUAGCGUUUCGUUCGCACGGGAAACGAUCCGAGUGCUUACGUUGCAAUCCACACUGGCCGGAUGUUCUCGUGAUGUAGCGCUAAGACUACUGGCCACCGUGCUGGAGGACGAAUCCGUUUUGCCGUCAGCAUUCAUUCGGUGCUCUCGCAAAAGUACAAACACAUUCAGUGCGCCCGAUUUACCGCAACAGAUGGUCCAGCUUCUGGUGGCCAUCCCGAACCGAGUUGCUAACAUGCUGCGGGACAAGACACCGCCGAACUUGCACCCGUUAGCGUACAGUCGAACCGUGCUUCGUCAGUUCAUACGGACACUCGCCACAAUGGACGAGCUGGUGGAUUUCUAUGGACCGGAGGAAGUACUCGCUUCGGAAGAACCGAUCCAGCCACAGUUUCUCUCCUCACUACUCAGCAAAUUAGUCAUCGUUUUCCACGAGGAUCGUCAAUCGGCCGCGCUAAAGGCGACAUUAAUCUUGUUACUGCACAUCAUCGAAGAAAACCGUUCGCCUGGCAUGACCAGCUUUGUGCGGUGCCUAGUAAUGGACCUGACCCCGUCGGCGGUGGAAAUUGUGGCGUUCAUCGCCCUUCAGGAGCGGAUCGAUCUUUCGCCUCUGUUCGCUUCGGCUCGCCUGUCGGGAAGUUGGGCAUUCGUUUUGCUCCAAAAAAUUCCGCUUCACAACUACUACACGAACGAUGCCAUCAUCGGAGGGUUGCUUCGGCUAGUGGCGAACCUCCAAACCGGGGAGGACGGAAGGAAGGAGCCUCAGGGUACAGUGCCUACUCCAGAGCCACUGGCAAAACUCACCGGACAGCUGCUUGUGGUGUGGUCGAGUCGGGCGGCCAUUCAGCGGACCAGCUUCGAGCAGCAUUUGUACAUCACAAAACUGACGCUACUGGCCAUGCGGCACCGUCUGGUGUUUGGGUUUUCGGCGAAAGACCAGGAAGCCUGUCGCCGUUUGCUGUUCGAUGGGCUGCGAGCUCACUUGGAGUCACCGAUCACGCAAAUGCGCUGUGCCGGGAUGAUAACGACGGAGGUGAUCAUGGGAAUGUUUGAUGAUCCUGCGCCCGCUGCCAGUGAUGACGGAGAGGAGGGAAAUCGACUGCGAUUCGAGUACAAGGAAUUCGAUGCCGAAACGUUUGCGAUGGUCGAGCAACUUCGCUCGUUCGCUGAUCGCUGGCUGUUGGACGAAAAGGUUUCCGAAGAGACGCGAAAGGGCACGAUCGAUCGUGCAGUCGAUCUUUUGCUUGGCCUGCCGGAGGAAGCGGAUCGCUGCACUGAGCCUUCUCCUUGCCGUUUACCUAACGAAACUUCGGAAAAUUCCGCCAACGGAAAUCCGGCUGAAAUCCAGCAACCACAAGACAACGACAGUGACGACGAUGAUCUCAACUCGGAACCACUCGACUCUGACGAUGACGAGCUUCCGGCGUACGAUAUGUCGAGCGAUACGAAGCUCGACAAGGAGCGCUAUCGGCCAAAGUAUCUGCUCGAUCUGCGCGAAUUGCUGAUCGAACCGGAUACGAACCAUAAACCGGAACAGUUCGAAGUGGCCAUCGAAAGCGCUCCGGAGUUGAUCGUUCAACAGUUACCACACAACGACGCCAAGCUGGGUCAGGAUCUGCUGGAGCUGUUCCUUUCGCUGGAGUGCAAAAGCCACAUGCCAGCGUUUGGUGAGCGAAAGUUUGCGGCCCUGGUAGCGAUCGGCGUAGCGUUCCCGCAGCAGACGGCCGUGUACCUGUGCCGGGAGUUUCACGCCGACGUUAGCCGGUACGCCAUCAACCAUCGCAUACUGAUGCUGGACGUGUUGGGCGAAACGGCAAAAGUGUUGUCCCACUUUGCUGGGAGUCCUGCCAACCCAGAGCCCCCCCAAAAGCCCGACGAAGGUACCGUGGCCGUGGGCGAAACGUCUCACAAGAACCGAUUGCGGCUAAUGUUUCACGACGAAUCAGAACAGCGUGCGCGACGCGAAACGACGGAACGUGUGCUUCGUGAGCGGAUCGAACGCAAGACGAGACGUUUCGGAUCGACCGUCCCGAGCCGGAACGAGCGGCGCCGAGAUGUGGCCCUCGUCAACCGCUACUCCGACGUGGCGGGCUACUUUUUCUUCCCCCUGCUACGCGGAUUCGGCGACAAUCGGUUCCUGUUCACCGCGGGACUCAAGUUCCCGUACGACACGGAGAACUUGCUGCUCGUGAGCUUUCUGCGGACCCUGUCGGUGCUGAUGGUGUGCGCGGAGAACUGCCCCAUCGCGAUGCGUAUGGUGCGCGAAGUGUUUGCGUUGGCCAGUCUGCUGCGGUACAGUCACGAGCCGAAGGUGCGCCUGUCGGUGUUGCAGCUGCUGGCGGCCGUCUUUCUGGCGGUGAAAGGCCCGCUGCUCGUGGUGCAGUUCCAGCACGAGCUGGGCGAGCUGCGCGACUGGCUCCAGCAAGAGUGCACCCAGACGGACGUGGUCUGCCGGGGAGAACCGAACCGGGAGUGCCGCGAACUGGGACGCCACGUACUAACGAUGUGCUGCGAAGCAUUCGUUCAGGCGCAGCACUCGGAGGAUGCGCAAUAG